CUGCACCUCCUGCUCAGACAUCCACACCUCGGGGACCACAUAGACUAUGCUGCAGAAGUGCUUCUCCUCUCAUCGAGAUCCUCACACCAGACGAACUACUCCGGAAGAACAGUCCCGAUUCUCCUCCGACUCCCAUAAGUCCUGGUAAACCUGGAAGAUGCGACGGAAGCAAACCUCGUUCCUUUGUCAAGGCGGCGAUGGCAUAUGACGAAUACGGAGAGCUGGUAGAGGAAAGCAAGCUUCGACACCACCCAACACCGAACGAGUUGAGUGUUACACAGCUGCUCAGGGCCAUCAAGAAGAAGUUCCAUCACCAGCUGAGAGCGAAGAUCACCAAGAUUGUUGCUCCGCAUGGCGAUGGCCAAGGACCCAUACUGCUGGUAGAUGAACUUCUAACACGUCGACUCACCUGGUGUUUUGAUUUCAGGCCCGCUUCUCCAAAUGUAGUUGCCGAUGGAGCGACGCCCGAGGAGAAUGCUCUUGCAAUCUCCCGCGGCCCUUCUCGAGUUCUUGAGAUCGGCUGCAGUGAUGGAACAUGGUGCUUUAGCUUCAAAAGGGAGCAACCCACGUGGACUGUUGAGGGUGUGGAUGAUACCGUUGGUCCUGUAUUGAUAGAGACCUGGUUGUGCGGGACUUUAUGGUCCCUGAAAGCUUGGUCAAUUCAGGAAGUUACUUUAAUCGAAUCGACACAACCCAGGAGAACCCAGAGUUUGUAAUGCGCAAUAUCAACUCCCUUCUUGCCCACCUGAAGCCCAUGCACCACAGUCUUUAUGAUUUCAUCCGGGCAAGAGAGAUAUUCGAUAGGGUUGAAAG